AUGCACUCAAGUGAUAAAGCAAUAUUAUAGCAUUAAAACGAUAAUGUAGCUAUCGAUAGUCACAGCCAUCAGUCUACUAGCAACUAGCAACACAAUUUAGCUUCUUUGGAAUCUGAAUCCAAAAAAAGAAAAAAAUAGAAGGAUAAAGAAUUCGAAAAGAAGCAAAAACAAGCCAACCAACUUUCUCAUUAGCAAGAUGACGAAUUCGAUAGCGAAGAUAACAAUCAAAAUGAGGAAUCCACAGAAGACCAAAACAACACCGUUUUUGAGCCAAAAAAGUAGAAAAAGAUUAAAUUGAAUGAUAAUGAAAAGACUUCAAUUUCUUACACUUCCAAAGAAAAGGAAGAAAAUAAAUCAAAUGUUCAUGAUGACGAAGAAGCACAAAAUGGCAUAGAAGAAGAGCACCAAUCAGGCUUGCAAGAUAAAAUUCAUAAGAACAAUGAAGAAGAGAAUGAAGAGAGCGAAGAUGAAAGCGAUAAUUUUGAUGAUCUUCCAGUCAAUGGUCAAAGCACUUUAUCUUUAAAAAAAGUAUACACUAAGCAAGUUAAGCACUUGGUUUAAGAAGAAUAAUAAGCUUAAAAUCAUUUAAAAUAAGCCUUGAACAAAGAUAAAAAUACCAUUGACGAGGAAAAACAAGAUUAAGAGCAAUAAGAAUAAAAUGAGAGCAGUGAUGAAAACGAACAAGAUGCCAUACAAUAAGAAAACGAGGAGGGAAGUGAAUUCGCUGAUAAAGACAGCCAUAAUGAAGAAGAAGAUGAUGAAGAUAAUGAUGAGGAAAAUAACGAGGAAGAGGAAGAAGAAUCAUAAGAAGACGAAGAUGAUGAAGACAAUGAGCAAGAAGAGUUGGAAGAAGAAAAGCCCACUAAAAUUAAAAUAUGCAUGGGUUUCAGAAAUGCGAUGGGUAAAUAAAGAAAUGGAGAUUAUAGCGAUGAUGAUGAAGAUAAGGAAGAUGAUGACGAAGAAGAGGAUGAAGACGAAGAUGAGGAGGACAAUAAGAAUUCUGAAGAAAAUGAAGAAGAGAGAGAAAAUGAAGAGGAAGAAGACGAGGAAGAAGAAGAUGAUGAAGAUUAUGUAGUAAUGGAAGAUGAUCUUUUGUAAGAAAAAUAAGAUAGAAUCUUAAACCAAAUGUGGUCAGAUGAAACCCUAAAGAAACUUGAAAUUGAUGAUUUAGAUGAGCCUAUUGAUGAAGAAUAAGACAUCGAAGGCUUUGACAUUGAAGAGAUAAUGAAAGAUGAAAAAAGAAAAUAAUAUAUUGAAAGUUUAAUGGAAUGUUUACCUCCAUAUAUGUAUUGCAGCACUUAAGAAGAAAAGGACGAAUUCUUCUAAAAACUCAAUAAAGAAUUCAAAAAAAACCUCUAGUUAGAUGGCAAUCCCCUUAAGCAUUCUCACAAAAAGAAAGUCAAAUUCAAUUUCUAAAAGGCUUAAGUAGUCGAGUUCGAUUUUACAAAGAAAGUAAAGAAUAUAAGUAAACUGCCUAUUAGAGAAGGAAUAACAGAAAUAAAAACCAACUGA